AUCCUGACAAAAGCAGGACUGGUCGACGGUGGAGGGAGCAUUAUAAAUCGAGUGCACUAUACUGAUGACGAUAAACCAUAAGGAGUAGGUUUGGCGCAUUCAAGCGCGGUUUUGGGGUUGGAGGCGAAGGGAAGCUGUCAGUCCGGUUAUCUGGCACGAUAGUCCUUUUAAAAGAAAGCUACAGAAAGAUAUUUUCGUAUAUUUAUCCAAAGAAAGUUUGUAGCGUGUCAUUUUUUCUUCUUGCGUACACCGGCCGUCCAUCGACGCGUGCCUUGAGCAGGCUUGGACGGAAAUAGAUUGAAAAUGCCUCCCAUCGAAAAUGACACCGGGAAGAAUGACCUCAAAACCCGAAUACAGUCGCUCAUUGACUCCAACCAGGUGAUGGUUUUCAGCAAAAGUUACUGCCCGUAUUGUGUGAAGGUAAAAGACUUGUUCAAAGAGCUCAAAGUGGAGUGUAACGUGGUGGAGUUGGAUCUCAUAGAGGAUGGAACCAACUACAUGGAAAUGCUCCUUGAGAUGACUGGACAGAAAACCGUUCCUAAUGUCUUCAUCAACAAAAAGCAUGUUGGUGGCUGUGACAAAACAAUGCAGGCCCAUAAAGACGGUCGUCUUCAGCAGCUUUUGAACGCAGAAAGUGAAGCCUAUGACUACGACCUUAUUGUCAUUGGAGGAGGAUCUGGAGGCCUGUCCUGUUCAAAGGAAGCUGCGAUUUUGGGGAAAAGGGUCAUGGUUUUGGACUACGUUGUUCCCACGCCUAAAGGAACCACUUGGGGUCUAGGGGGAACAUGCGUGAAUGUUGGCUGCAUUCCCAAGAAACUGAUGCAUCAGACUGCCAUGCUGGCCACAGCCAUGCAGGACGCACGCAAAUAUGGAUGGGAAUUUGAUGAAAAUGUCAAACACAACUGGGAGACCAUGAAGACGGCAGUCAACAACUACAUCGGCUCACUAAAUUGGGGCUACAGGGUGGCGCUGAGGGACAAGAACGUCAACUAUGUCAAUGCCUACGCUGAAUUUGUAGAGCCACACAAGAUCAAGGCAGUAAACAAACGAGGAAAAGAGACAUUUUACACUGCAGCCAAGUUCGUCUUGGCAACAGGCGAAAGGCCGCGCUACAUGGGCAUUCCUGGAGACAAGGAACACUGCAUCACAAGUGAUGAUCUCUUCUCCUUACCUUACUGCCCUGGGAAGACCCUGGUAAUUGGGGCAUCUUAUGUCGCUCUGGAGUGUGGCGGCUUCCUUGCUGGCCUGGGUCUUGAUGUCACUAUUAUGGUGCGCUCCAUUCUGCUGAGGGGCUUUGACCAGGAGAUGGCCAACCGUGCUGGUGAACACAUGGAGGAGCACGGCGUCAAAUUCAUCCGUAAAUUUGUCCCCGUGAAGAUCGAGGAGCUGGAAGCAGGCAGCCCCGGCAGACUGAAGGUGACAGCGAAGUCCACCGAGACUGAUGAGCUCAUCGAGGGAGAGUACAACACUGUAUUAAUAGCAGUGGGCCGAGACGCAUGCACUGACAAGAUUGGCCUGGACAAGAUAGGCGUCAAAGUUAACCCAAAGAAUGGCAAAAUUCCUGUCAGUGAUGAAGAGCAAACCAACGUGUCCCACAUCUAUGCCAUCGGAGACAUCUUGGAGGCCAAGUGGGAACUGACCCCUGUUGCUAUCCAAGCUGGCAAGCUGCUGGCACGGCGCCUUUAUGGGGGUUCAACAAUGAAGUGUGACUACGUCAACGUUCCCACCACUGUCUUCACUCCACUGGAGUACGGCUCCUGCGGCCUGUCUGAGGAGAGAGCCACAGAGUUGUACGGACAGGACAACCUUGAGGUAUACCACAGUCUGUUUUGGCCUCUGGAGUUCACUGUGCCUGGCAGGGACAACAACCGAUGCUAUGCCAAGAUCAUCUGCAACAAACUGGACAACGACAGAGUCAUUGGCUUCCACUACCUGGGUCCCAAUGCAGGAGAAGUCACGCAAGGCUUUGGUGCAGCCAUGAAAUGUGGUGCCACAAAGGGCCAGCUAGACGGCACAAUUGGCAUCCACCCGACUUGUGCUGAGGUCUUCACCACCAUGGAAGUGACUAAAAGCUCUGGCGGUGACAUCACCGCGGCUGGUUGCUGAGGUUAAACCCUGCUUGUUUAGCAGGGUGCUCUCAUCGUAACCACUCCCACCCCCGACCCCUCCUCUCUUAGCUCACGCCGUUCACUUGAUUGAGAGGCCUGCUGUUUCUCGGCACAUUCUGCAGCACGGCUGUAAAAAGUACAGCUUGCUCAUUUUGCGUUUGUGGGGAGCUAAGACGAGAGCGGAGGAAGCCAGGGUGCAAACUCACUCUGACUGGUGCUAAUUUGAUAUGAGAGCACUCUGCUUAACAGCGGGGUUACUUGGCUGAUCAUUUACUAGGCUCCAUUAGUGUCCUUCUCUGGGGAGCUAGGGAACACACACACGCCACUCCUCCAGAUGUGUUUGUGUGUGCCUGAGCUGUUAGUGACGUUCUUGCCCGUAACCCAAAACGCUGAGGUGGGCAAGGAUCGAUGUCCCUCUGCAGAAGUUCCUGAUGGUCUGCCAAUCCCUUCGUCCAAACCCUAACUUUUUUCCCCACCCCAAGUGCAAGCAUGGCAUUCAGACUCAUCAAUUGGUAACAAUGUUUGGAAUUGAAACAGUUCGUGCCUCCUAGAAUACUCAAAGGUUGUACAUAGAAUUGUACUGAAUGUCUUCUUGGCUAAUUUAACGCUUGUUUUCCUCUUGGUGUCUGUACAGCCACUUUUUAGGUAUAAUUAGACCAAAAUUACCAUGAAAUCACUCUCUUGAAUGAUACAAUGUACUGAAGGCUGUUUAUAGUGCAUUAGCCUCCUAGAGUGUCCAAUCAUUACUGAGUGUGUAUGGAGAAGAUGUAGCGGACGAGGCUGAAUCGCUUGUUCAUUGGUGUCUCAACUCUCAAGCUUACCUUUCAAGAUAAAAUAAAGAAUCUUUUCAGUA